AUUCCAGCAAAAACUGUGGGUCAGUCUCUGGCAGUCAUUAGUCCAUACUUCUUCAAUUUCUUCGAAUCCAUUGCCAAACUGAGCGUCGAGUUUUUACGUGCUUUAGAAAAGUCACGGAAUAUAAAGUUGAUUUGUGAAAGGUUAACAAAAUGGGCAAGGAUGACGCAGAGACCACAAAACUGAAGCAAGAACUCGAAGACUUGAUCAACAAAUGCAAAGAAGACCAAAAAAAGCAGCAAGACGCAACCCUCGAAGAAAGCUGCAGCGGACUGGCGGACGCUCCAAAAGUAAAGCUGACCACAAAGAAGCUGCUCAAAGGUCACAUCAACAAAGUCAAUUCUGUCCACUUCAGUGGAGACAGCAGACAUUGCGUGACGGGAUCGUUGGAUGGAAAAUUGAUAAUAUGGGAUACUUGGACCGGAAACAAGGUGCAGGUAAUUCCGUUGCGAUCUGCGUGGGUGAUGUCCGUGGCUUUUGCACCCUCGGGUAACUACGUCGCCUGUGGAGGAAUGGACAACAUGUGCACCGUUUACGACGUUAACAACCGCGACGCAACCGGGGCCGCGAAAAUCGUUCGUGAGCUUCUCGGCUACGAAGGUUUUCUUUCAUCCUGUAGAUUCCUCGACGACAAAACCAUCAUCACUGGAUCAGGGGACAUGAAAAUAUGUAUGUGGGAUCUAGAAGCAGGAAAGAAAACAACAGAUUUCAAUGCCCAUAACGGCGACGUGGUGAGCAUAAGCCUGGCACCCGACGGUCAGACAUACGUGACCGGGUCUGUCGAUAAAACUUGCAAGUUAUGGGAUAUGCGGGAAGAAAAAGCGAGACAAACUUUCUUCGGUCACGAGGCUGACGUUAAUUCCGUUUGCUACCAUCCCUCUGGCCAGGCCUUCGCGACGGCAUCAGAGGACAAGACUGCACGUCUUUGGGACUUCCGUUCGGACCAACAAUUAGCAACGUUCAAACCGCCAAACACUAAUCCCGGUUUCACGUCUUGCGGAUUAUCGCUGAGUGGCCGGUUCAUAUUCUGCGGUAGUGACGACAAUUCCAUUCACAUAUGGGACACCCUGAAGGUUCAACACAACGGCGUUAUGGCGGGACACGAUAACAGAGUGACUUCCCUCAGCGUUGCCGGAAGUGGAAUGGCCAUAGCAAGCUGCUCUUGGGAUCAGCACGUCAGAGUUUGGGUGUAACGAAAUUUCGAUCCGAACGACUUUCACCCACAUCACGAUCUUCGAUACCAAAGAUGACACGUUCUUAUUUCCGUGUAUUUUUACUACCGCAUCAUCCCCUGAUCUUCACCCUGAAAGGAUAUUUCGUAGUCAGUAUUUUGAGUCAGAUCAAUUAUAUCAACGGGUUUCCGAUCAUUACAUAAUUAGUAGGAAUAUAUUGUAUAUAAACUAAGAAAGUCAAAAUUAUUUGUCAUAAUAUGACCGAAAUAUUAAACUGUUUUCUCGAUCCGAGAUAAAUAAGUUUUGAAUUAUUAACUUUGCGUUCAAUUGUAGCAUAUUUCAAUGUGAUUGUUAUACGGCAAUAGGAAAAAAAAAUUUCUACAAAUAACGGAAAAUAAAUAGCGAGCAUUUGAUCGAUUAGCGUUAUACAUUUAUGAUAUAAUAAUUUACGUAAAACCUACUACUUUUUCUAAACAAGCAUGCAGGCGGCUGAAUUUGAUUUUUUUAUACCUACUCGUACAUCAGACUUGAGGUAAUCCCACUAAAUACGACGACGGAUUUAAUAUUUUACGGUAUCCGUUGUAAUAAUUUUUUUAUUAUACAAUUUGUUAUUGAUGAAAUGGUCGUCACUAUUACUGAAUACCAGCUAUCAUUGUGUCAGAUUGUUACAUAAGUGCUGUUUAUAGAAUUAUGAACUAGGUUUACCUAUGUAGCGAUGCAAAUGCGCUGUUCAAAUUAAUAUAAUAAUCCAUUGACCUUUACAUCGGUAGCAGAGUCGUUUUCUUUUUCGAAGAUGAUAAUAAAAAUAAUAAUAAUGAUGAUAAUAAUCAUAAGACAUAGCUUUUACAUUAACGAUCACAUUUCAUUAACAAUAUAUAAGUAUAACAACAACAAAUUAAGACUAUAUAAUGUUCCCAAUUUGCAAACCAUUUAAUAAUCAUCAAAUUUCUACUUGGGGAUACUUUUUUUUUUAUCAAUAAAUCUUAAACUUAACACGACCCGAGUAUAUUGAAAUACAAUCCGUAUGUACUUUUUACAAAUCAUACGUUCAUUUAUAAAAUUGUAUUAUAUUCCUAGUUCCGUCUUUAAUAUCGACCAUAAUAUAUAUCUUAUACUGUCGUGACAUAGUCGCGAACUAAUAUUUUCUGACACGUAUAAUAAUAGAACUCUGUGUUUAGUCGGUUUAUGGAAAAAUAUCCCCGCCUUUGCUUAUCUUUACCUUUUUCUCCCCAUCAGCGAUAUUCCAAAAGUUGAGUUUAAAUAAUUUUAUGUAUACAUAUAGUCUAUUCAGCAUAUAUACAUAAAUGCCGUGAGUUCUAUGCGAAUGGUAUAAUAUUGUGCAAUAAUAUCACAUAAUCACUA